CUUGUCUUGAUCUCGACAAGUUAUUUACAAUUGAAUUGAUGUUUAAAUGACUGUAAAUUCAAUGUUUUCUGUUAAAUUGUAAAAGUGAAGGUAAUUCAUCAAGUGUUUUCUUGGAAUUGUGUCAAAGUCACAAGUUCUUCUUGAACAAUUCAGAUUCUAUUGAUUAAUGUUUUUGCCAUAGAAAAAAAAAUCAAAACAAAUAAUGGGCGAUGAUAAACAAUUGGGUCGGACUGCGGUCAAUUCUUCGAAGUCAAUUCCACCUCCACCACCUCCUCCUCCUCCACCUCCAUUACCUUCAAGUGUCACAAGUAAACCUGCACCUUCCCUUGUAGCGGAACUUUCAACCGUCUCUCUUAAACACAGGCCACCUCCAACCUCCAAAAGUAAUAAUUUGACGCAAAGUAAAAAAAAUGUCCCAAUGGUUCCCGGUGGUCCAUUUAGACUACCACCAGCUUCAACUUUGAAAAAAGUUCGCCCACCACAACCGCCAUCAUCUUCAUCCUCACCAUCACCAUUACCAUCAUCAUCUUCAUCAUCAGCUCAAUCUUUACCAUCAGCAAUUAAUUCUGGCAGAUCAAUUGAUCCUCUUUUAGCUGAAAUCUCUGCCGUUUCCCUAAAGUCCAGGUCAACUCAAGGUGGUAAAAAAAGUGUCUCCAACAUUUCCAAUACCUCGAAUGACACCUCAUCUGGUUCAUUUAAACAACCAGCACCUUCAACUUUACCCAAGAAAUUUCGUCCACCAUUACCACCUCCACCUCCACCAUCAGUUCCACCCUCUGGAUUCUCAAACAAUUCCAAUGGCUCAAAAUUCAUCCCUCCUCCACCUCCUUCCCAAGCCUCUUCCAGUAGCCUCAAGAAACCUGCCCUUCCACCCAAAAAGAUAAUCAAUCAACCUGUCAAUACUAGCGAAUCAGAUAAUCGACCUGCAACAUCCACAACGAACUUAGAGUCGCGAUUCCGUCACAUAUUUAAAGAUCUCCACACUUUACCUGCUCCAGAGCCUUUUCUUAGCUCCAAAAAACAAUAUCCAAGUGAAAGGAAACCCCGAGGUCCAGCUCCACCUAUUCCUUCACGAUCAACCUCAAUUUCAAAUCAAAAUGACAACAACGAAUCAAAUAAAUUCAACUCAACGCCAAUGCUUCAUGUUCAACUUGAACACCAAGCUCUAGGUGUAAAUUACAAUACUAGAUACUAACGAAAGAGCCUCUGGUUCAAUCAAAAUGAAAAAGAUUAUCGUUUAUUUUGUUUUCCUCUUCUUCGUAUUUGGAUUGUACAAUUAAAACACAAUUAAGAGAAAGAAAGAGCUAAUUGUUUUAACGAAAAUGUUUCCAGUAUAAAUACAAUGUAAAGAACUUUGGUCUUGACGAUUGAACGACGUUUUCAAAUUUUAAAAAUUCUAUUCAAACGAUUCCCGAUCAACUUUGUGAUACAAUUAAAAGACAAGAGUCAAGAUUAAAAGAUUGUUUAAUUUAA